AUGUCAAGCCAAGCCAGUUGGAACUCCGUGACGGGGAUUGCAACCCUUCUUUUUGAUGGCAACUUGGUUGCCAUCGCCAUUGCUAUAAUAUCCACCUUUGGUGUACCUGUCCUUCUGCAUGUCCUCUUUUUCCAAGCUGUAGCCUCGCCGCCCUCAAGCAACUUCUUGUUGUUGGGUCCGAGCGGGUCAGGAAAAACCGCAUUCACGACCCUGCUCGAGGCGAAAUCCUCCCCGGCGUCAAAGAAGUCACAGGGCACUCACACCUCUCAGACCUCGACCUUCGUGUCGGUCACUCUUCCACCCACUGUUCCCACUGCAUCCAACCGCUAUCGAUCUGUCAAUGAUCCCUCGUUAAAAGAGGCUACCCGAAACCCAAUUCGCUACCAGAUCAAAGAUACCCCAGGCCAUGGCAAGCUCCGUGCUUCGCAAGGCAUCGAUGCGCUCCAAUCCAUGGCAGGCUCCAAGGAUAUCAAGACUAAGGUCCGCGGUGUCCUUUUCAUGGUGGACACCGCGGCCCUUGUGGAUGAAGCCACUUUGCGGGACACGGCGACUUAUUUGCACGACGUGCUUCUGCUCCUCCAAAAGCGGGAACUGAACAAGUCUUCCACCAAGCGAACUUUGCAGAUCCCCGUCUUGGUGGCCGCCAACAAGCAGGAUCUGUUCACGGCCCUCCCCCUGGUUCCAGGUUUAAUGGAUGCGAGCGCAGACACUGGACUGGACACGGAAGAGGAUGUUUUGGGCAAUGACGAUGCGCAGGGGGUCUUUACUUUCAAGUUGCUCGAGGAAGAAUCGGGAGUGAAGGUGGAAGUGGUGGGAGGUGCCGUUAAAGGUGACUCAGAGGAAGAACUCGGAUCUGGCGUCCGUCGCUGGGAAGAGUGGAUUGGCAUGUGUCUAUAA